GAAAUUAUGUUUACCACUUCAAACUUCAUCCGGAAUUGUCUGAAGAGGUAAACAGACUUUGUAAGUUAGAAGAUCCGGAAUUCGUACUUUGUGUUGUUCUACCGGAAUUGUCUGAAGAGGUAAACAGACUUUGUAAGUUAGAAGAUCCGGAAUUCGUACCAUGUGUUUGUCUACCAGAAUUUUUUGAAGAGGUAAACAGACUUUGUAAGUUAGAAGAUCCGGAAUUCGUACUUUGUGUUGUUUUACCGGAAUUGUCUGAAGAGGUAAACAGACUUUGUAAGUUAGAAGUUCCGGAAUUCGUACUUUGUGUUGUUCUACCGGAAUUGUCUGAAGAGGUAAACAGACUUUGUAAGUUAGAAGGUCCGAAAUUCGUACUUUGUGUUGUUCUACCGGAAUUGUCUGAAGAGGUAAACAGACUUUGUAAGUUAGAAGAUCCGAAAUUCUUACCGUGUGUUGGUUUACCAGAAUUGUUUGAAGAGGUAAACAGACUUUGUAAGUUAGAAGAUCCGGAAUUCGUACUUUGUGUUGUUCUACCGGAAUUGUUUGAAGAGGUAAACAGACUUUGUAAGUUAGAAGAUCCGAAAUUCGUACUUUGUGUUGUUCUACCGGAAUUGUCUGAAGAGGUAAACAGACUUUGUAAGUUAGAAGAUCCGGAAUUCGUACCUUGUGUUGGUCUACCAGAAUUUUUGAAGAUGUAA